AUAGCUCGACCCGUCAGCACGUGCCGCUGUGACGUGAGCGAAUGAAUCCGGUUUGCCCAUGCGUUCACCCGCCGUGAGAAGUCCAGUAAGAGUGUAGCGUGUCAGUAAGAAAACGAACAGCCUUUGACACGACUGCCAUCGCAGAAAAGACGAGCAAAUAUUGCCGGAGUCGGCCCACGUGCACCGUGUUUUGACGGUCGGGGUGAGCGAUGAACCGCAUCAUCGAGCGGCCGCGUUGCUCGCGCGCGGCGCAAUAAAGGCGGUUCUUCGGAGAAGGCAGCAAAUAUCUCGGAGAAGGAGGCAUCGUGCUUACGUUGGGACCAGUAAGGAGAGGGUCAUUUCUACGGCGUCGCUGGUGCACGCCUUUUUCAUUUCGAAGCGGUACUACGGUAUUACUGACAAGCUGAGAAGGGCGUCGCGCUGCGGCUCGGCUAUCGCCGUUUGACAGGAUUUCGCCGCUAAGCUUCUGCAACUGUCAGAAUGGAGGAGUCUGCGACAAGGACACAGGUCAUUGCCGAUGUCUCCCAGGAUUCUCGGGCACUCUUUGUGAAAUCAGAGAUGGAUGCACUCCUCCGGCUCAUCAGCAAGGUGUCUUGGCGACCAUGGCGCCAGCAAACCUGCCAAAAAUUAUUCAUUACAACUGCCCAACUGGUUUCAAGAGGAUCGGUGCUGGCACCAUCAACUGCCAAAACGAUGGCUCCUGGAAUGGAGCGCCACCUUAUUGCGAGAGGCAAGUGCCGUGCCCUCCGUUACCCGACGUGGCCCGGAGCGUUGCUCAGGUGCAUGGCGCUGCGACCAGCGUGCGGGAGAUUCAGUACAACGGCACCACCGUGACCUACUCAUGCGCCGACGGAUACGAAAUUGUCGGCGCAAAGUCACUGGAGUGCACCCAGGUGGGCGUCUGGUCUGAGCCUCCGCCAUCCUGCCUUAAAGUUUCCGAAACAGAGGUGACUUGCUCAACUAAAGCCAACGAGAUCUUAUCUGACGAUAGCGACACGGCGGUGAGGGUCCACUGCCCUCCCGGCUGCGGCCUGGUGUCCGGUUCGGUGGUCGGUUCUUACCAGUACCACGUCCUGUCCUCGCUCUGCCGCGCGGCCGUGCACGCUGGCCGGCUGAACAACGCCGGCGGCGCGGUGCACGUGCGAGCCACGGGCGCUUACGCGGACUUCGUCUCCUCCACGGCGCACGGCGUGUCUGCAGCGAAUUACUCAACUCUUGGAGCCAGUUUCAAGUUUGUUACUGUGGACGACUCCCAGUGGAGGAUUCCUGAAGAAGGCUGUCCACCCAAAUGGAGAGAUGCCGGCAGUUUUUGUUUUUACUCUGCCGGAAAAAGCCGAUCUCAGACAACAGCGAGAAACUUUUGCCGGAAUCUGGGAAGUAAAGUUGUAGCUCUUCGUGGAGAUAACACUACGAGGAACCUUGCUGCCGAAUUCAUGGCGGCUAACGGAAUCGUGGAAACGUGGCUUUCAGAGCUUCGAGUCCAGUCGCCAUUCCUGCCAAUCCCGGCAAACAACGAUACCCCUGGAGACAGUUGCAUGGCUCUAAGCGUCGUUAAUCCCAGUCAGCCCGAAGUCGUUACAAGGCCGUGCAAUAUCAGUCUUCCUGUCAUAUGCUUUGCGCUCAAGACCUUAAAGCUGGUCCAGUGCGAGGACCCAGGCCCAGUUAAGGGUGGCUCGGCGCUGGUGGAGAAGACUUCGCACGGUCGCUUCCUGGAGGGCAGCCGCAUAUCGUACUACUGUAAGGAACUGAACUACCUCAGCGGAGAGGGAACGCUCACGUGCACCGCCAACGGAACCUGGAGUGCCCAGAAGCCUCGUUGCAUUCCCGUGUGCGGCCGGUCGGACUCCCCACGCAGUCCCCUCAUCUACAACGGAAACGCAUCAGACGUGGGUCAGUGGCCGUGGCAGGCUGCGCUGAGCGUGCGCAACCCCUCGACCAACGGCAGUGCCCUCGAAUGGGUGCUCAACUGCGGCGGCAGCCUGCUCUCGGAGACCUGGGUGGUGACCGCAGCCCACUGCGUCACGUAUGAGGCCUCGCGCGUCGUCAUACCGCGCGACAUCUUGCGCGUGGCGCUGGGCAAGCACUUCCGCAGCGACAGCAAAGACGACGCCCACGUCCAAAUGCGCCAGGUUGCAGAGAUCCACGUGAACUUUGAUUACGAUCCCGCCUCGUACGACAAUGACAUCGCGCUGCUGCAACUGGACGAGGCCGUGGAGCUGACGCCUCGCGUGAGGCCCGUCUGUCUGCCCACGGACCGAUCGGCCAGGGUCCACCUACAGGAAGGAAAACUGGGAGUGGCAACCGGCUGGGGCCUUACAGAGAGCGGCGACUACGCAGACGUGCUGAGCGAGGCCGUGCUGCCCGUGGUGGCGAACGAGAAGUGCCAGGAAGCGUACGAGCGUGCAGGCGUGCCGCUCACAGUGUCCGAGGCCAUGUUCUGCGCGGGCCACGCCAACGCCACGUCGGACGCGUGUAGUGGUGAUUCGGGUGGCCCCAUGGUGUUCAUCGACGACUCGGUCACCACCGAGCGACGCUGGAUUCUCGAGGGCGUCGUCAGCUGGGGCAGCCCAUCCGGGUGUGCGGUGGCCAACCAGUACGGCGGAUUCACCAGGGUCUUCGCCUUCCUUCCCUGGAUCAAGCAGUUCGUCUGAACGCCACCCCCGUUUCGGUUGGCCCGGACGAAGCACGUGUCGGAGACGCUGCAUGGGACGGCUUUGAGCGGCAAGCAAAUUUUGUUCGGUGUCUCCCAACGGAUUGCCUCCAGUGGACCCGGACUGACAACAGACUGAUUCGUUUUUUACUUGCGAUGUCCGGAUGACGAAGGAAUUCACUUUUCUUUUUCUUUUUUACUCUUUUUUUAUUUUCAUUUCGGCAUCCACACGCCAAAGCCUCGAACCUUUGCUUACUUACCGAGUUGCAGUAACGCGUUUGUUCCACAAUGCGUUGUUAUUCUUAUGGCGUCUGCCCUUGAGUUGCGCUCAAAACAGAGAUGUGGGAGCUGCAUAUUUUGCUUGGUGAAACAACCAGAAAAUAUUUUUUGGAUUUUCCGACAUGAAAAUAGAGCGGUGGUUUCAUGGACUUGCGGCAAGAAGAUACUUUGCUCGUGUUUGAACACGGUAGGCGUGCAGACACGGACAAGAGUAGAGAGAAACGGACAACGCAAACGCCGUUUCCUUCUACUUGUGGCCGUGUCUGUACGCUUACUUUUCUUUUUUUAAAUGACUUUCUACGACUGUCGAUCUAAACUUCAAUACCUGGUUCGGAGCGAAGUGCACCUUCUAUUAAUUUGACCACUCCCUCCCCUCCCCCCCCCAAAAAAAAAAAAUUUGAGAACGAACAAAUAAACAAAAACAAGCUCUAGUUUUAAGGUGCCUAUGUUCUUGCCAAGGGACGGGUAGGUCUUGGUACACAAAUUUAUCAAAGCACUCGCGCAAUACUUAGACGAGAGAUAAUCGCAACUGCGCACGUUAAGUUGUAAAGGUAGCAGUAUUGUUGCCCAAGGUUUGCAGAAAUUUACACUUGUGCAGUCCUGUGAAUGUUCAUGUGCCACUCGAGGCAUUUAUAUGCCUAGAAGGUCUUCUUCUCCUUUUUACACUAAGUCACUUUUAUAACCUAAGUCAUUUUAAACCAAACAGGUUAUUUCGAUGAAAUGUAGGGGAAAACAAAGUCACCCGGAUUUUGAACGUACAUACAAGUUUCUGUAAUAUUUUUAUUCACACGCUCUCCAAUUUUGAUCUGACACGAACUGUGCCUGGCGGCGUAAUGCAUACUGCUAGGCAUAAAAAAGGUUCCUUCACUCGCAAGCGUCCUGCAUACGCCAGAUGCAUGAGACACAACUACGCGGAUAGUAAAUCGCCCUUAAGAGAAAGUAAAAUUAAAUGUCCUAAAAUGUUGAUUUUCUUAAAAAGUGUCUUUGAAAUAAACUACAGUGUGAACUGUU